CGGGGCGGAACCCCUGAGGCGGGAAGCGCUGUGGCUUGCUGGAGUUCUCCGCGGCCAGCACCGCGUGGUAGUCCCAGCAGUCCCCAGACUUUGGACUGUCGGAGACAUGGUCUGUACCCAGAAAGAGCGCGUCGGGACCACGCUUGUAGUCGGUGCCGGCUAUGAGCUGGCAGCAUCGUGCACGCCCGGAAGAAGGCAGGGGGGGCCAGGCCGCGCUGUGUCUUUAAGAAUGCUCUCUUGCUCUUAACAGAGACCAUGCAGAGGCCUCCAUGGCUGUGAUAAGCCUGCUGUUCCUGGCAGUGAUGUAUGUUGUCCACCACCCCCUGAUGGUCAGUGACCGGAUGGACCUGGACACACUGGCCAGGAGUCGGCAGCUGGAGAAGCGAAUGAGCGAGGAGAUGCGGCAGUUAGAAAUAGAGUUUGAAGAGAGACGGCGAGCCGCUGAGCAGAAGCAGAAAGCAGAGAACUUCUGGAGAGGAGACACGUCCAGUGAUCAGUUAGUGCUGGGGAAGAAGGACAUGGGAUGGCCGUUCCAGGCCAGUGACCAAGAUGGGGGCCCUCUGGGCUGGAUGCUGGGAAACAUGUGGAACACAGGCCUCUUUUGCCUUUUUCUCAUCUUUGAGCUCCUGCGACAGAACAUGCAGCACGAACCAGCCUUCGACUCCAGCAGCGAGGAGGAAGAGGAAGAAAUCCGUGUUGUGCCCGUCACCUCUUACACCUGGCUCUCUGAUUUCCCCUCCCAGGAAGCCCUGGAAUCCUUUUACAAACAUUAUAUCCAGAAUGCCAUCCGUGACCUGUCCUGCACCUGUGAGUUUGUGGAGAGCUUUGUGGAUGAUCUCAUUGAGGCCUGCCGGGUGCUCAGCCGCCGGGAGGCUCACCCACAGUUGGAGGACUGCUUGGGCAUUGGAGCUGCCUUUGAGAAGUGGGGGACCCUCCAUGAGACCCAGAAGUUCGAUGUCCUGGUGCCCAUUGUCCCUCCACAGGGCACGAUGUUUGUCUUGGAGAUGAGAGAUCCGGCGCUGGGCCGGCGCUGCGGCUCUGUGAAGGUGGACUCCGAAGUCAUCUGCCAGCACGAGAAGGCCCUGGGGGAUGUGCUGUGUCUGGUGCACCAUCACAGGGGCCACUCCGCCAUCUCGAACAAGUGCACGAGCUCCAUCAAGGCAGCUCUGUGCACCGGCUCGCACCUGGACGUGUGUAAGACUGUGCAGUGGUUCCGGAACAUGGUGAGCAACGCCUGGGCCCUCGUGGCCCACAAGUAUGACUUUAAGCUCACUCUCCCACCGUCUACCACCACCUGCAAGCUCAGGUUGGAUUACCGCUCGGGCCGCAUUCUGUUGAUCAGUUUGGUUCUUGGGGUGCAACGGGAGGAUACCUUGGUCUACCUGGUGAGUCAGGCCCCCGGGCAAGAACAGCUCACCAGUGUGGACUGGCCGGAGUCCUUUGCGGCUUGCGAACACUUGUUUCUGAAGCUGGUGGGGCGCUUUGCCCCCGAGAACACCUGCCACCUCAAGUGCCUGCAGAUCGUUUUGAGUCUUCAGGACCACCAGACGUUACCCCCGGGAGCGUCCCGCCCCGUCCUCACCUCCUACCACUUCAAAACAGCCCUCAUGCACUUGCUGCUCCGACUGCCCCUGACCGACUGGCAGCAGAGCAUGCUCUCGCAGCGGCUCCAGGACCUCCUCUGGUUCUUAGGCCGAGGCCUCCAGCAAAGGUCUCUCCAUCACUUCCUCAUUGGUAACACCAUCCUGCCCCUGACCAUACCCAUCCCUAAGACAUUUCGGAAUGCUGAGCCUGUCAAUCUGUUCCAGCACCUGGUGCUGAAUCCGGUGGCGCACACGCAGGCGGUGGAGGAGUUCCACAACCUUUUGGCCCAGAUACAUUUUUCAAGCUGGGAAGAGGCUUUUCCCACCAAACAUGAAACUGCCCAGAUGGUGGUCAAGAAGCUACCUGAAGACAUCAUUCCCAGGUCAGGAGUCCUGGUGUGGCUAGCAAGGUGCCUCUGGCUUUUCAUGAUGUCGUGGUCAAGCUGUCAGCUGAGCCUUGAGUCUCCCCUGAGAGUUCAGUCAGAGGAGAAUAUGCUUCGAAGCUCACAUCUGGUGGCCACUGGCUCGGCAUCCUCAUCCCUUGGGCCUCUCCACGAGGUUGCCUGGUGACAUGAACUCCUCCAGAGUGAGCAGUAUAAGAGCGGGCACAUAAGACCUCUGACUCCCUUAAUCUCUGACACGACACUCUAUGCUGUGGCCUGAACGUCUGGACGAGAUACUUUUCCCAUCACUGAGACCAAAUACCUGACAAGAAGCAAGGUCAAGGAAGGAUUUGUUUUGGCUCACGGUUUGAGGGUGCACUGUUUGAGGAGAACACAGUUUGAGAGUACAGGCCAUCUUGGCAGGGAAAGAAUGAUGGCUGGAGCUUCAGGCCCAACUUACAUCUCACAGAUGAGGAAUACAGAGAGUCCAAAUAGAAGUGGAACUGGCCUGUAACCUUUACCUAAGCCCUGCUCCUACGGUCUUAUCAUCCGUCACCGAGGCCACUUCUCCAAAAGGUACCAUAACCACCCAGAAUCUGCUCAAACCGGGUGUCUUUAUCUCCAAUUCUCAGUUCUUCCUUUCAGAACCAGGAGCGAGCUGCCAUUGGAUGUUAAAAACAUCACAGCACAUUUAUUGACAGAAGAAGAAGUGCAGGUCAUGUUGACAUGUGAACAAAACAGAAGGCAAAAUAGCAUACUGUAUGGACUCCAUUUUUGUAAAAAUAUAUAGGUAUAUGUAGCAAAUAAAAGACCUAUAGGCAUAGACAUUGAGUUGGCUGCUCAGUGGGUGUUUAUUAUUUUCUUUGUUUCUCUCCCAUCUGGUGCAGGCUGGCUUUGAACUUGCAAUGUAGCUGAGCAUUAUUCCAAGUGGAAAUGGCUCAACAGUCACAUGCUCUUCAUCAAAAUAGCAAAAGUUUAAGAUGGAAAGAUCCCUGCUCCGGAUUAUGGAAGGGUCCCGAUCCUGUGUUAAUAUGGGGUUGAGGACAUGUUUGUGGUUUUUCACAAGAGAAUGAAGCUAGGUGGUUACCGGAGCGUUUCGCAAGGAGCGUGGAAGUAAGAAAGGUCAGCUCCAAUGACGUUCCUAUAAAGGAACCAGAAUGAAAGUGGCCCAAUUAGUGUUUCUGAGGUUUUGUCACUGGUUAAUGCAAACAGUGAGGAAAUAGAGUUAGGAGCUGUGCUGCUUUUGGCUUUACUAGUUCCUUUAGAAAAAUACUUUAUAUCACCUAAAAGCUGUGCAGUAUUCGAGCGAAGAGCUUUACAGUAGCUAAAUAUGGUAACUUCACCCUCAGCGUGAAGUUUUUCAGUAGAACAAACCAAAAGUGCUGCUGUAAUAGAAAUGUUUGUCUGAAUUGAAGCACUUAGGGGAGCUAUUAUGAAUUUGGGUGAAGGGACAGCCUCUAGUUAAAAACUGUCUACCACUGACAGUGCAUCUCUGCCGGUUCUGGACCGGCUGAGAGAACUGGCAACUUUGGAGUGUGGCUUCAUCCCAAAGAUGUUACAGUCCCCUAGCAACAAGUAACUCUAUAAUGACAACACUCACUAAAUCCCAGUGCUUUAUAGCAAAGCUAACUAUAAACUCUAAACUUUAGAAAUGAUGUACGUACUUCCUGUCUAGUUAAGAGAAUCUUUCUAAGAAAGAUAGUGAUAAUUAAGAGUAAGAAAUAGAAAAAGAUGAAAAUAAGAUAUGUGAGUUUGUAAAAAUUCUCUUGUUAGAUCUGUGUUAAGAAAUCUUUAGGUGUUUGCUAAGUUAAGAUACUAGUUGUAGCCGGGCGGUGGUGGCGCACGCCUUUAAUCCCAGCACUCGGGAGGCAGAGCCAGGCGGAUCUCUGUGAGUUCGAGGCCAGCCUGGGCUACCAAGCGAGUUCCAGGAAAGGCGCAAAGCUACACAGAGAAACCCUGUCUCGGAAAACCAAAAAA